AUGUGCGGGAUAACAGCCAUCAUCCAAUCCGGCAGUCCGCAGAGUAAUUCAUUGGAACGACGCGCCGAUGUGCAAAGUAAACUAACACGAAGCCUAUCUCUCCUUCAGCAUCGAGGGCCAGACGCAGAAGGAGCAUGGAUAAACAGCGACGCUACCGUCGGUCUCGGCCACGCACGCCUCUCAAUCAUAGAUCUUUCGCCAACGGGCCUUCAACUCUUGCACAGUGAAGACGAGAAAGUCCACGUCGUCGUGAACGGUGAGAUCUACGACCACGUCGCAAUCCGCGGUCGCUGCACCGCCGAGUUCGACUACAACUUCUCCGGGGGAGCGACAGCGAGUACCGAGACGCCGGCCAAGCUCUUGAUCGCCUCGGAGAUCAAGGGGUUUCUGCCCAUGGGGUGGGGGCCCGAGUGGGACGUCGAUGUCAUCUGCAGCGGUGCGGCGGUUCUAGGCGAAGGUACGCUGUUCAAGGGAGUGAAGAAGGUGUUGCCGGGGCAUUGGGUGCGGUUCGGUCGAGAUGGGAGCGUGACGCAGCAUCGGUAUUGGGAUGCCGAGUAUGUGGAUAAGACCGUCAAAGAGACACGCAGUAUGGAUGAGAUGGUCGACGGAGUUCGCGAGCGCUUAGUAGAUGCCGUACGCCUCCGCCUCCAAGCCGAUGUCCCCGUCGGCAUCUAUCUUUCAGGUGGUCUCGACUCGUCCAUUGUGGCUGGUAUAACAACGCAGCUCGUACGAGAAAGAGGAGUGAAGCUGGGGAACCAGGAUAUUAAAGAUAGGAUCACUUGCUUUAGCAUCUCCUUUGCUUCUGAUUCCCAGUAUAACGAAUACGACAUUGCAGAACGCACAGAAGAAUGGCUAGACUUGAACACUGUGAAAAAAGUCAUGGACGAGGAAGAACUAGCAAAGCGCUUCGCCGACUUCGUAUACCACACCGAGCACCACCACUUCGGCAUGAACAGCGUCGGGAAGUACGCCCUCUCAGAGCUACCUCGCCAGCAAGGGAUCCCCAUCGUGCUGACGGGUGAGGGGGCAGAUGAGCACUUUGCAGGGUACCUGUUCCUAGUCUCCGACUUCCUACGUGAGCCCGACGAUGCCUUGCCGUUGACGGAGCUAACGAAGGAUACCGAGCUUCGGGAAGCGCUAAACGAGUCCGCCGCAGCGCAGUUGCGAAGCAUGUACAAAGGGAUGGGCAUGUUUGAUCACUCCCGAACGGAAGAAAGCACCGCCUUCGACUCUCUCGCAGGCUUGAACGUCUUCAUGGUCCAAUGGCGAGGCUUUCCCUCAUCGGACGUGUUUGCCCCCUGGGUGAGAGAAAAACAGAACACACUCAGCGUCUACGAAGCGAUCCUCAACUCCAUCCCCUCAGACGCCCAGGAGAAGAUUCGAACGCGCUGGCACAGCCUCCACUCGGCGCUGUACGUCUUCCUAAAGACCUCCAUGGCGAACAUGGUCUUGACCUGUCUGGGCGACAGGUCGGAGAUGGCGUAUAGUAUCGAGGCGCGUCUCCCAUUCCUGGACCACGAGCUGGCGGAGUACGUCAAUGGGCUUCCGCCGAGCGUCAAGAUGAGCUAUAGUAAGCCCGAGGAUUCCAUAGGAACCAAUAACGACGAGAAAGAGAAGAGAAAGAAAGUAGCGCCUCGGAGCUUCUUCUGGGAGAACAUGGCCGCCGUCCGAGAUCGCAUCAUUGACAAGAAGGUCCUGCGGGAGGCGGGGCGGCCGUUCAUCACGGACGAGAUCUACCACCGCAAGAAGCACCCGUACUCGUCCCCAUGGAAGUGGCCCGUGGGAGGGCCGGUACAGCGAAUGUUUAGGGGGUUGCUGACGAAAGAGGCGGUCGAAUGCCUUGGCUUUGUCGACUUUGGGAGCAUAUCACGGUGUCUUGAGACUGCAUUUGGUGGAAGCGGUGACCCCGCAGCGUUCAGGAAGAUACUUGUCGUCGGUGCCUGGGUGGUUUUGAGUCAGAAAUUUGGCGUGAAACCGGCCAGAUCUCAGAGAUAG